UGUGAGCGAGCGUGACAAUAUGGUAAGAUGGAAAUGGACAAACAGACAGACGGAGGGAGGGAAAUAUGGUGAGACAAAAAAAAAAAAAGAGCUGGUGGAAGCGAGUGAGUGAGAGAUGGGCAGGGAGGUAUAAAACGAGGGAGGAGCAGCCAUAGAGGGAGAGGUGAGCGAGUAGAUCAUCCUCCUCUCAGCUCUUCUCCUCUGCCAGCCUCAUCAUGUUCAUGCUGCAGAUGUUGACUGUUAUCUCCUUGACUGUCCUCCUCCUGGCAUCAGUGCAAGGUAAAGGUGUGCAGAUGCAGCGGGAUGUGCAGUGCUGCAUGUUGUAUUCGCACGGCAAGGUGCGCACCAAGGAUGUGUUGCGCUUUGAAGUGCAGACAGAAGGACCAGACUGCAGCAUACAAGCCAUCAUUCUUUACACCAAAAAGACAGUCAAGUGUGCCGACCCCAGGGACCGCAAGGUCAAGAGGUUGCUGAGGAAGCUCUUGCAGAGGCAGAGAACCAAGGCCCAUCGAACAAUGUGGCUUCUUCCUCACGACAACCUGCCUGUCAUGACAGAGGACAGAAAAGACAACUGGGCCAUGGUCAAUGAGGAGUGAUGCCAACGUGUCCAAUAUGGAGAAGAAUAAAUAGUCCUCGGCCAAGUGUCAACUGUCAAACAGCAGAGUUAGCUGACUUGUCCAGUUGUCCCGUGUCUUUUAUCUUGUCUCCAGUGGACCAGACCUGGGCAGCAAUAUCUAUUUCAAUGGCUUUCCAUAUUCAAAUAGCACGAGUGCGGCCUUGAAGGAUUCCCAGAAUGAGUGAGGAAGAUUUUCUUUUUUUUUUCAUGUAAGAUAAGUCGUGGCUCUUAACUGUUAUUAGCCAGAGUCUGCCUCAAAGCGUCUCCCCUCCUUUUCUCCAUCCAUCUAUCCAUGUGGCUAAUCUGUGGAAAUGUGAUUUUUGAAGUAUAAAUGAGCAGUGACUUGGAUAUCGUCUACUUAUGUGCUUAUUUGUGCUGCUUCGUAAACGUGACUCAUGGGGGCUCCAAGUUGUUCAGGUUUUGUGGAGGGGGUGCAGAAUUUAGGGGACCUUUUUUUUGUGUAUGAAUUCAAUUGACUUGCACCUUGUUUUUUGUACAAUUCAGGUUUCAUGGUUCAGACUUUGACCUAAUGUUUGUGACUGUUACACCACAGAGUGAAAAAAAAAAGCAAUGUUCUGUAUUGACUGUUCAUAGCGGUAGUCGGCCAUGAAUCUAUGCCAAAGUACUCAUCUUGACCCAUUUCAUUCAUUUCAUUCCAAAGCUGUGACAAGGCUCUUCAACCUUCUGAUGGCGCCAUUGUGUAUGAAGCCUUGCCUUAUAGAAGAACACAUUCUAUGUCAAGUCAACACUUUUAUAAAAGAACCUGAAAUAAUACUUGUCUUGUCUUGUCAUUUCACACAUAAACAGAUAAUCAGUUAGGUAGAUGGACGGGCAGUGAUAGUAAUCUGCCACGCUUUGGUGCAAUGGAUGAUGCAGGUUAUCCAUGAUGGAAAGGAGCUCUGCCACAGAACAAAGGACACUGUCCAUCUCACUGCCAAUGAUAGCAACCGCAACUGUUAGUUACUAACUAAAAGUUGCUAACUAACUAACUAAACAGGAAGUUAAACAGGAAGUAAUGAAAGAAAGACAACUCAGCAUCAACUGAAGGGAUCCAACAAUAGCCACGUAUACAUGAGGAGUUUUUCCUCUUUCUGAAUGGAAUCUUUCCGAAUGACUUUUCCCGAAAACAAUGGUAUACAUGGAAAAGAAUAUUCCAAUCUCUUGUCUACAUGCGCCGAUAUAAUCAAACAGAAAAGUCAAUGGGGCAUGACCAGUAAAACGUAAACAUCAACAUCACGUGAUACCGACUUCUCAGAGUUUUUCUUUCACUUGUUGGAAUAACUCCAAAUAAUUGCAAGUUUUUCGUUCGUCCAAUCUUGAAAUUUAG